AUGAUCACAUGUGAUGCACUGCUUGCUUGUCUGUUACCUUAUAUCUGCAAUACUAGAGGAAGCCAGUGGUACGCUCUCUCUCAACCCGAUACUCACUCACUCAAGGCUGCUAAACGGUGUUUUUUGCAACAGAAUCUAGAGAUCCGCCAACGAUGCCGAAACUCCAAAUUGUUUUCUAGCUGCCAUCGAUCAAUCUCUCUGGAUCCUAUACUCUGGUUGCCCAUGUCUAAGUCAGAGCGCAGUCGCUGUAUACGCUGGAGACUAGGCUGGCUUCCUG